AUGGCUCAUCAUAGUUCAGGGGAUCCCGCAUGGGCUCAUGCCCGUGUAGGUGCUUCCUCUGCUUCUGUGGCCUCUGCCCCUGCAAGAUCAGAUGAUCCCGCUUGGGCUCAUGCUCGUGCAGUGCCUAAUGCAAAAAAUAACACUAUAUGUUUGCAUUGUAAUAAGUUGAUUAAAGGGGGUGGUAUUACUAGACUUAAGUAUCAUCUUGCUGGGAUUAGGGGUCAAGUUGAACCAUGUAAAAAGGCUUCAUCUGAUAUUAGGUUUCAAAUGAAACAAAUGAUUGAAGACUUGAAAAAAUCUAAACAAACUAAAAAGAGGAUUCAAUUAGAAAUUGGGAACCCAUAUGAUAUUGAUGAGGAGGAUGAUGAGGAGGAGGAGGAUGAUGAGGUUAGGAUUGUUGAAAAGAGUCCCCCUCAAACAUUAGGUAAACGAAAAUCUAGGGGAAAGGAUGUUGACAAUGAUGUGAGUCAAAUAAGAGGAAAGAAGAAAAUUAAGAGUUAUUUUGCUCCUAGAACAACCCCCGGUGCUCAACCCUCUAUAAGAAGUGCUUUGGCUACAAAAGCAAUGAUUGAUAAUGCAAAAAUGAGUGUGGCAAGAUGGUGGUAUCAUUCUAAUGUACCCUUUUAUGCAUCUCAGUCACCUUAUUAUCAACCUAUGAUUGAUUCCGUUGCUGCUAUUGGGCCGGGAUUUAAGGGGCCUUCUUUUUAUGAGUUGAGGGGACCCCUUUUGAAAAAUGCUGUCCAUGAAGUUAAUGAUUUUUUGUUAGAUAUAAAAAAUGAUUGGAAAGUAUAUGGCUGUUCACUGAUGUCUGAUGGGUGGACAAAUCAAAAGCAACAACCAAUAAUGAAUUUUUUGGUGUAUUGUCCAAGGGGAGCCAUGUUCUUAAAAUCAAUUGACACUUCAGGCCUUACAAAGGAUGCUGAUACUUUGUUUAAUAUAUUUGAUUCUGUUGUUCAAGAAAUUGGUGUGGAAUAUAUUGUACAAUUGAUUACAGAUAAUGCUUCUGCCUAUAAAAAAGCUGGAAAAAAAUUACAGCAGAAGUAUGGUACUUUGUUUUGGUCUCCUUGUGCAGCUCAUUGCAUAGACUUGAUGUUGGAGAAUAUUGCUAAUCCUAGGUGGUUCCCUCUUAUUGAUGAAGCAAUUAAAAAGGCAAAAAAGAUAACAAAGUUCAUUUACAACCAUGGAGUUGUUUUAGACAUGAUGAGGCAAGACUUUACAAAUGGAAGAGUUAUGUCGUCCUGCAAUUACAAGACUGCCGUUGGGAAGGAGAUAAGUAAAAUUGUUUUGGAAGAUUAUGCAUUUUGGUCUCAAUGCAAGCACAUAGUGAAAGUUAGUGAGCCUUUAGUUAGAGUACUUCGUCUUGUUGAUGGGGAUGAGAAACCUGCUAUGGGAUGGGACAAACAACUUCAUAGUCCUCUGCAUGCAGCAGGUUGCUUUCUUAACCCUGCAAUAUACUUUAGGCCUUCAUUUAAAAGGCAAAAUGAAGUUCAAAGAGGGUUGCUAAGUACUCUAAUGAGGUUGGUUCCCGAUCCUGACAUUCAAGACAAAAUAAGUUCACAACUUGAUGAGUACAAAAAAUCAAUUGGUGACUUUGGCACAUCACUAGCAAUUCGCCAACGAGAGAGACUAAAUCCAGUUUCAUGGUGGGAGCAAUUUGGACUUGGAGCUCCAGACUUACAAUCAUUUGCCAUUCGUGUGCUAAGUCAAUGUUGUAGUGCAACCGGUUGCGAGAGAAAUUGGAGCACAUUUGAGUAUGUUCACUCAAAGAAGAGAAAUAGAUUGGAACAUAAACGAGUAAAUGAUUUGGUCUUUGUCCAUUAUAAUUUGAGGCUUCGAGAAAGGAACAUUCAAAGGAAUAAAUAUGCAAUGGAUCCUAUAAGCUUGGAUAACAUUGACUUGAUGGGAGAUUGGGUGGCUGAAGAACCUACACUUCUUAAUCCAGAUGACAUAAAUUGGGAUUGCCUUAAUGAAGUGAAUGUGGAAGAGGAUGCUGAAUUUGAAACUAUUGAUGUUGAUGACGAUGAUGAUGAUGACAACAACAAUGAACAUGUCUUGACAAAUCUUCCAAUGGGUGCUAGUAGUUCUUGCGGGAGUUCUUUUGAUGAUGAAUUUGAUCCAUUUUUCAUGGAUGAUGAGGAGGAGGAGUAG